CAAAGUUACACUGUACAUGUGAUUAUUUUCGCUGUUUUUCGUUCUGAAUUUUCGCUCUGAAAAGAUCCUUGUUUUCAGUUACCGUAGUAGAGAUGGCAAACUUUGUUGCCAGGGACGACAUUUGGAAGAUCCACAUCAACAGAGAAAGCACAGCAUCUAAAAGUUGGAAAACCAAAUGGGGAUUCUUAACGAGUGAAUAUCAGGAGAUGUUCGAUAACAGUAAGACAAUGAGGGAAAAUGCCAAGCCGAAGACAGUAUUUCCUCCGAUCGAAGAUGGCAAACCCCUAGUGCAAAGUGGUUCAAAAAUUGUCCCAAAAACUGCUGCCCAGUGCAUAGGGUGGAAAGUGGGGACAGAACAACGUCUCAACCCGUUUGGAAAUGCUGCAAACGAAGCAAAACCACGACAGAAUCUCGGCGCAAAACUAGGCUGGCCAAAGGAGGCUCUUUUGUAAGAUAAUUUUAAUGACAGCAACGAACUUUAAUAGAACAUUGCUAGUAAUAUACAUGAUGAUUUUAGUUGAAAUUCAUUCUUGGAGAUUGAAUCAUUGAUGCAUUAUGCAUGUAAAUUAUGCUUGUCUUUACAUAAAACUAGCUAACUCUACUUUUAUAUUGAUGUUAUAACCACAAAGAUGUGUUCUGAAUUUAUAAUGUCAACUUGAUCGUCGGUUGUUUCUC